UUCGAAAGGGCUUUGGUAAAGGUCCACUAUAAAACCCUUCUUCUAAAGGGAAGGGCCAGAAGAGAACUGUGAGUCUUUCCACUUGGAUCCUAUAGUCGAGGGAAACUCCUUUAGUGAGAAAGAGCUCUUUACAAUUACUUUUCCUUUACCCAUCCAAACUGAGCAAUGAUGUUCCCUAGUGCACUUGCGCCUCCCGCUAUAUGCCCCAGUCUACUUCGACCGCCGGCGACUCUCUCGCUGCCCCAGUCCUUGCAUUCAGCUUUCCCCGCCCACUCGAGCUUUUUGGUGGAGGACCUGUUGCGGAUCAGUCGGCCAGUGAGCUACUUCCAUCGGACGAUUCCCUUACCCAGCGUGUCUCCCCUGGCAUCAGGAGCCACCACGCUGACCUGCAGUCAUCACACUCACCAAGCUGUCAUCUCCACUUUAGCACAGACAAGAACGGGUUCUCCUCAGACCGCACUCUCCGUCAACCACGACCCUAACUAUCUGAAGUUUGGAGUUAAUGCCAUCCUAGCACCAUCAACGAGAAACGCAUCCUCUCCACGUUUAAUGCAUCAUGCCAUGCACGCAAAAGCCUUCCCUCUGCCAUAUUUUGACUGUUCGUUUCAUCCCUUCAUCAGAGCGUCAUAUUUUCCAGCAUCCUCUUCAGUGGUUCCUAUCCCCGGUACAUUUUCAUGGCCGCUGGCUGCAAGAGGAAAGCCCAGGAGGGGGAUGCUACGACGGGCAGUGUUCUCUGAUGUCCAGCGCAAAGCCCUGGAGAAAAUGUUUCAGAAACAGAAAUACAUCAGCAAACCAGACAGAAAGAAGCUGGCAGCAAAACUUGGGCUUAAAGACUCACAGGUGAAAAUCUGGUUCCAAAACCGAAGAAUGAAAUGGCGCAAUUGCAAAGAGAGGGAGUUGUUGUCGUCCGGAGGUUGCCGGGAGCAAACCCUUCCAACUAAGAUGAACCCCCACCCGGACCUCAGUGACGUCGGGAAGAAGUCUUGCGAGGAGGAGGUAGACGCGUUCAGCCCGCGCGCGGCCUUCUGCCGCUCUCCGUCAGAGCGCGAACUUUUGAACAGUGUGGAGUCGCACCUCUCUUCGCCUUGCAACUCCAGCAAGCACUCCGACUUCUCAGAAUCAGAGGAGGAAGAGAUCACAGUGUCUUAAUUAUGAAUAAUACAUACAUUAUGCUUGUAUAAAGUUGUUUGAUCACAUAUAUUGUUGCAUAUAUUGUAUAUAGACAUUAUUACUCAAAUUAGAUCCCCUCAUCCUUUGAUUUGAGCAUAUUAUUUGUCCGUAAUAUUACCAAUUCACCUGGCCUAUACGUAAAUGUAGGGGCCAUAUUGGUUGUGGUAGAUAUUUCAGUACUUAUUAAGGGAUACACUUAGUAAAUUAGAUGUAUUCUUGCAGCUUUUGCUAUUUGUACCAUAUUUUGUAAGGGCCAUUUUUAUACCAAGAGGAUUAUACCUGACUUAAAUGCUUAUAUUAGAUGCAUUGCUUUUAAUCUAUGUAGAUGUUAAAUCUAUAACUUAAAAAUAAAUAUAUUAUUUGUAUGCUUUGUUUAAA